AUAUAAUAGACUACUACACUCGGUUAUAUUAUUGGCUGAUUAAAACUUAACCGUGAGUAGCGGCGCCAUAUAGCGGCUGUAGUCGGCAGUAGCAAACGAGUGCGGGGCAUUGGCGAACGUCGUGUGGCAAACGUGCCACGUCCUGUAUGCAAGAACCCUGAUGCAACUUCAUGGUCUUCAUUUUCUAACAGAUGCUGCUUGAUGUUUUAUCUUCAUUGAUGUAUCCAAUACAAUCAAUAAAUUUACGGCGUGAUGAAGAAUCAAGAUCUACAUAUAACGAAGGUGACCGUUUAAUUACAUGGUUGAGGAGAAAAGAGGACGAAUUAAGGCGUAGACUGGAAUGGACACGUCAACAAGAGUUUGAGAUACAACAUAUAAAAUUAAAACAACAAAUGAUAAUAAACUAUAACAAAAAACGUGCAGAAGCUAUGAAAUUCAAACAAACAUCUUCAUGUCAUAGUCGAAGCAAGAGCAGAAGUAAAUCGCCAUUAUAUCAACACAAAAAAAGAUCCCUGUGGGAUACUUCCAAAUCUGAUACUCAAAAAAUCAAAAAAUUAGAUGAGUCCGCAAAUGAGGUAAUACCUUUAUUCAAGGGUCCUGAGGGUAUACAGAUUAGUACUGCCGAAUUACGUCGUAUUAAAGUUGAUAUUCGUAGGAAUAUUCCUGCAAAAGGACACAUUACCAAAUUACAACGGGAUAUACUUAAUCCCGAGGAUGUGAUCCUCAAGAGAAGAGAGGGAGAAGGAUCUAAACCGAUAUUCAAUAGGGAUGAAAUAGAAAAAGUAGUUGAUGAAAUGGAGGAACGACGUACGGUUGUAGCUAUAGAUGGCGAGCAAUCAGCAAACAAAAUACGAAUUUCGAAAAGGCGUUCGUCAUCAUUGAGCCCUAUUAGGAAUCGCAGUCAUAGUCCUGGAUAUCUAUCUUCCUAUCAUACCAGAUAUAGAAGUGCUGAAUCAAAAAAUCAUGAUAAAAGAAUAGAAUACACUGACUAUCAUACAAGUGAUAGCCACUAUAUAUAUACAGACACUAAUAAUAGAACACAGAAACAUAAGGACUAUAAAGAGAAAUAUACGGAUAGAAGUGUAAAAAGACGCAACAGUACUCGUUCAAGUUCUAGAGAACGGGAUAUACGCAAUGAUCAUUCUAGGUCCAUUAUAGAAAACAGAUCUUAUCGCAACCAAUAUCAAAAUAAAUCAAAUGGACGUUCUUGGGAAAGAAGAGAUAGAGACAGAGAUUGGAACAGUGAUAGGAACAGGGAUAGAUGUAGGGAUACGGAUAGAGAUAGAGACAGGGACAGGGAUAGGGAUAGAAACAGUGAUAGGGAUAGAGGUAAGUCUAAAGACAGUAAUAGGAGAAAAGAUCAAGAUCGAGAAAGAUAUAGGAAUAAAAACAGAGAUAGGAGAGAUCCAGUGCCACAUUAUGUUGAACAUGCACCAGUGCCUAUUUAUUAUGGUAAUUUACCUCCGGGACCAAUCAUGAUAAGCCCCAUGGUCACAAUUCCUAGAAGACAGGUCCCUCCUUUGGGAAGAAGUCAACAUCCUCCCUUAAUGGGAUUAAUAAGACCUUUCCCACCGCGAUUUAUAGCGCCCGAUAUGUAUAGAAUAAGAUCUCCAGCUCCAAAUUCAAAUUAAAUGAGUGUGCAAGUGGGGCAGUACCUUUAUUCAAGAGUCCUGAAGGCAUACAGAUUAGUACUGCGGAAUUACGUCGUAUUAAAAUUAACAUUCGUAGGAAUAUCCUUGCAAAAAGAUGCAUCACCGAAUUACAACGGGAUAUACUUAAUCCCGAGGAUAUGAUCUUCAAGAGAAGAGAGGAUAAAAUGUUAUAUUCUUAGCAUUCUUUUAUGAAAGAUGUAUCAUUAGAUGACAAUGAAACUUCAUUGUCAUUUAGUUAUAUAAUUUUCAGAAUUUCAUGCAUUCGUGCGCACAUAUAUAGUGACAAAAGCACUUUUAUUAUAAAGUUAAAUUUUAUAAUCAUAUUGUUCAUCUUAUAAUCAUAUUGUUCAUUCAAAUUGAGUACAUGACAAUGCUACAGAAGAAAAAAGAACUGAAAAGAAAGCAAAUCGAACAAAAUUUUUGCUAAUUAUGUUUUGUCUUAACUUGUUGCAUUGACAUUUAAUAAGCAGCCUGCAUUAAAAAAAACUGCUUUGCAAAACUAUUGUAAAAUUCGUGAAUCUGAUUGAUAUAUAUCUUUAAUCAUGCCAAAAUUUAAAAGCAUACACCAAGCAGAUUGACAAUUUUACAACAGUUACAAAAUAGUUUUUUUUGCUGAAACAGCUACCGACUCCUCGCACUGAACAUAUGAAUUUAUUGAGUUGAAGUUCAGAAAGAAUAAAGGCAUUUUUUAUAUUACGCGCCUAAGAUUAUUAUAUAUUACAUGGUUUUUAAAGAUGUUUUGCAAAACAAUUCCAAUGUAAUUCCAAUUUUUCAAAAUUUCAACGUUUAAUAUAUUUACAUCAGUGACGUUUUACUUCAAUAUAUUACAAUGUUUUUCGAUACUGUAAAUUCAAUAUAAUAAGAGAAGAUCAAAGAAGAAACAUCCUGAAGAAUUACUAUUAUAUUUUUUAAGGUAAUGGUUUUUCAAAUACCUGCGAUUUAGCGUUUACAACCUUGAGUUCAUUCAUCAUGAACUCUUUAUGAUAUAUGAUAUAGCGACUAUAUAACAUAUUCAACUCAGAAGAAGUUACGAUAAAUAAUUUUACAUUACUACUGUUGUAAAAACCAUACGACUUAUAUUUACUUUUUAAAUAUCUUUAAAUGUUUGAUUAUUUUGGUAAUAAUGAUACACAUUACAAAAAUGGUAUAUAACCGGGAAUGUUAAUGUAAAAAUAUAUAAUGGAAAUGUGUGUAAAA